GUGUCCAGUUUUUACCGUCCUGAUGUACCUUUUCAAUGUCUUGACGGCAGUAAGCAGAUCCCGUUUGAGUAUGUGAAUGAUGAUUAUUGUGACUGUCCAGACGGCACAGAUGAACCAGGUACAUCAGCAUGUCCUGUGGGAAAAUUUCAUUGUACUAAUGCCGGAUACAAACCACUAAAUGUUCUAUCUUCAAGGGUCAAUGAUGGUAUUUGUGAUUGUUGUGAUGGCACUGAUGAGUGGGAUGGUAGCAUUGAUUGUGUCAACAACUGCAAAGAGUUAGGUAAAAAGAUGAGAGAGGAGGCUGACAGAGUUAGGCAAUUACAGGAAGAGGGCUUCAAGUUAAAGUUGAAAUUUAUUGAGGAGGGAAAACAAACCAGGGAACAGAAAAAGGCAGACCUUGAACUGUUAGAGAAGAGCAAGUUGGAAUUAGAAGCUGUGAAGGCUGAGUUUGAAGCUAAGAAGAAUGAUGCUGAGGCACCAGAGAAGGAAGCCAAGGACAAACAUGAAGCUGCCUGGAAUGAGGAGCUAGAGAGAAGGAAUGCAGAGAAAGAAAAGUUGAGAGCAGAGAUUGCUUUUGCUGAGUUGGAUGCUAAUAACGACAACAAGAUAUCUCUAUCUGAGAUAAAAGGUCUGUCAAUGUUUGAUGUUGAUUCUAAUGGUGAAGUGAGUGAUGAUGAAGCUAAGGAACAUCUGGAAGGUGAGGAGGAAGUGGACCUGGAUCACUUUGUAUUAAAAGUAUGGCCUAAUAUCAAAUCUAUCUAUAAAUCUCCUGGUAGUGAAGAGCCAGCAAAGGGAGACAACCAGGAAGUUACUACAGAAGCUCCAGAGACUGGAUUACCCGAAACACCAACUCCUCAAGACAAUGAUAGUGAUGAUGAUGAUGAUGAUGACGACGAUGAUGAUGAUGACGAUGAUGAAUACAAUGAUGAGGAAAUUGAAGAGAAUAAAACAAGUGAGACUACAGAUCAACAAGAUGAAGACAAAAUGCCCGACUAUGAUGAUGCUACUAAAGCUCUUAUAGCAGCCGCUGAUGAGGCAAGACAACAAUUUAAUGAUGCUGAUGCUAAAUUAAGGGAAGCAGAAAAUAAAAUAAG